GCAUAUAGAUUUGGGUGUUGAAGCUGAAAAUGGGGAGGUCUUUAAUACCCAUUGUGGGUGUUAUGCUAUUGUGCUGUCUGGUUUCAUUUUCAGAAGCAGAAUACAUGAAGUAUAAAGACCCAAAGAUGCCAAUGAAUGUUAGAGUCAAAGACUUGAUGAAGAGAAUGACUCUAGAGGAAAAGAUAGGCCAAAUGACACAGAUUGAAAGGAGUGUUGCUACUUCUGAUGUGAUUAAGAAGUACUUCAUUGGGAGUGUGCUGAGUGGGGGAGGGAGUGUUCCAGCUCCAAAGGCAUCUGCUGAGACCUGGGUGCAAAUGGUGAAUCAGAUGCAAAAUGCAGCUUUGUCUACUCCCCUUGGUAUUCCGAUGAUUUAUGGGAUAGAUGCAGUUCAUGGCCACAAUAAUGUCUACAAUGCUACCGUGUUUCCUCACAAUGUUGGGCUUGGAGUUACUAGGGAUCCGGUGCUCAUAAAAAAGAUUGGAGAUGCAACUGCCCUUGAAGUUAGAGCUACUGGAAUUCCAUAUGUCUUUGCUCCAUGUAUUGCGGUCUGCAGAGAUCCAAGAUGGGGACGUUGCUACGAAAGCUACAGCGAAGACCCUAAGAUUGUCCGAACCAUGACUGAAAUUAUACCUGGUUUGCAGGGAGAUAUUCCUGGGAAUUCCUUUAAAGGAGUUCCCUAUGUUGCUGGAAAGAAUAAGGUUGCAGCUUGUGCCAAGCACUACUUGGGAGAUGGUGGCACAACCAAGGGCAUCAAUGAGAACAAUACAGUGAUCAGUUACAAAGGAUUGCUUAAGAUUCACAUGCCAGCAUACUAUGACUCUAUCAUCAAGGGGGUUUCAACAGUAAUGAUCUCGUACUCUAGCUGGAAUGGGAAGAAGAUGCAUGCUAAUCGAGAUCUUAUCACUGGUUACCUCAAGAACAAACUGCGGUUCAGGGGUUUUGUCAUAUCAGAUUGGCAGGGUAUUGACCGUAUUACCUCUCCUCCUCAUGCUAACUAUUCAUACUCUGUUCAAGCUGGUGUCAGUGCUGGAAUUGAUAUGAUUAUGGUUCCCUAUAACUUCACGGAGUUCAUUGAUGACCUAACCUAUCAAGUAAAGAACAACAUUAUCCCGAUGAGCAGGAUUGAUGAUGCAGUGGCACGAAUCUUAAGAGUAAAAUUUACCAUGGGUCUAUUUGAAACUCCAAUUGCUGAUUUAAGCCUGGUGAACCAACUGGGUAGCAAGGAACAUAGAGAGUUAGCAAGGGAAGCUGUACGGAAAUCCCUAGUGUUGCUAAAGAAUGGUAAAUCUGCUGAGAAGCCUCUGCUUCCCCUUCCCAAGAAAGCUGCGAAAAUACUGGUGGCAGGAAGUAAUGCUGACAAUUUGGGUUAUCAAUGUGGAGGAUGGACAAUUACCUGGCAGGGGCUUAGUGGCAAUAAUCUCACAACAGGCACAACAAUCCUCGACGCUAUAAAGCAAACAGUUGAUCCCGCUUCAGAAGUUGUCUUCAAUGAAAAUCCUGACGCAAACUUUGUUAAGUCAAACAAAUUUUCCUAUGCAAUAGUUGUUGUGGGAGAACACAGUUAUGCUGAAACAUUUGGUGACAGUUUGAAUCUAACUAUAGCUGAGCCAGGUCCAAGCACUAUAACCAAUGUAUGUGGGUCAAUUCAAUGUAUUGUUGUUCUCAUCACUGGUCGCCCAGUUGUGAUUCAGCAAUAUCUACCAAAAAUAGAUGCACUUGUAGCUGCAUGGCUUCCCGGCACUGAAGGUCAAGGCGUUGUUGACCUUCUCUACGGCGACUUUGAAUUCACCGGCAAGCUCGCAAGAACGUGGUUCAAGACAGUUGAUCAGCUCCCAAUGAAUGUUGGUGAUAAACAUUAUGAUCCUCUAUUUCCAUUUGGAUUCGGUCUGACUACAAACAUCACUAAGUAUUGAAACCUCA